AUGAGCGGCCCCGACCCUGCGGGGCUGCUCUGCCCCGUCCCCACCCUGGCAGGAUGUUGGCUGCAUCCGAGAGAACCCCGCUUCCCACCGGCUGUUGGGAUCUGUGCCUUCUCCCAUUGCCUGAGCGGCGCUGAAGGUUCUCAGGUUCUUUCCUCCCACAGCGGCCAAUUUGCCAUCGUGAGAAAAUGCCGGGAGAGGAAAACAGGCCUGGAAUACGCAGCCAAAUUCAUCAAAAAGCGCCGGCUGUCGUCGAGCCGUCGGGGGGUGAGCAGGGAGGAGAUCGAGAGGGAGGUGGACAUCCUGAGGGAGAUCCAGCACCCCAACAUCAUCACCCUGCACGACAUCUUCGAGAACAAGACGGACGUGGUGCUGAUCCUGGAGCUGGUGUCGGGCGGGGAGCUCUUCGACUUCCUGGCGGAGAAAGAGUCGCUGACGGAGGAGGAGGCCACGCAGUUCCUCAAGCAGAUCCUGGACGGGGUGCAUUACCUGCACUCCAAGCGCAUCGCACACUUUGACUUGAAGCCGGAGAACAUCAUGUUGCUGGACAAGAACGUGCCCAACCCUCGCAUCAAACUCAUCGACUUUGGGAUCGCCCACAAGAUCGAAGCUGGGAAUGAGUUCAAGAACAUUUUUGGGACCCCGGAAUUUGUGGCACCAGAAAUCGUGAACUAUGAGCCGCUGGGGCUGGAGGCUGACAUGUGGAGCAUUGGGGUCAUCACUUACAUCCUGCUGAGCGGGGCCUCCCCCUUCCUGGGGGAAACGAAGCAGGAGACCCUCACCAACAUCUCCGCCGUCAACUACGACUUUGAUGAGGAAUACUUCAGCAGCACCAGCGAGCUGGCCAAGGACUUCAUCCGCCGGCUGCUGGUCAAGGACCCCAAGAAGCGGAUGACCAUAGCUCAGAGCCUGGAGCACCCCUGGAUCAAGGUGAUCAAGAGGAGGAACGUCCGCAAUGAGGACAGUGGGAAGAAGGCAGAGCAGCGACGGCGGCUGAAGACGACGCGGCUGAAGGAAUACACCAUCAAGUCUCACUCCAGCAUGCCGCCCAACAACACCUACAUCAACUUCGAACGCUUCUCCAAAGUGAUGGAGGAGGUGGCGGCGGCGGAGGAGACCCUCCGUGAGAUCCAGAAGAACAAGAAAUCCUUCCGAGAGGACAUCGAGGCUCUGCUGUCCAUCUACGAGGAAAAGGAAUCGUGGUACAAAGAGGAGAAUGAGAGCAUUGGCCGCGACCUGCGGCAGAUCCGGCAGGAGUUGCUCCGAGCUGAGUCCGCCCGGCAGCGGGCGCAGGAGGAGAGCAGGAAUGUGAUGCAGGCAGCCGGGGGGCUGCGCCGGCGCUACCGGAGGUUGGAGAAGCGUUACGGUGCCCUGGCUGAGCAGGUGGCAUCCGAGGUGCGCUUCGUGCAGGAGCUGCUCUGGUCCAUCGAGAGGGAGAAGCUGCAGAGCGGAGGGGAGGAUGGCAGCAUCCGCUGAGGUGGUGGGGAUGGGGGGAUGAGUGGGGAUGUGGGGCGGGAGCUGUGGGGAU